CAGGACCAGCAGCAGCACACACACUCACACACACACCCUUACACACACACAGCAAACGGCAGCCAGGGGGCCGACUCUGACAGCAGCAGCUCCCGGGAAGAGGACAGCGGUGUUCCCAUUCCUCACGGUGUUCCAGCUUUCAGUCCCGGUGGAGAACGUGCCCACAGUGCAAGAGCACCCAUGGAGGAGCCGACAGGCAACACUGUGGUGAUCCGCAUAGGAAUCCCAGACCUGCAACAGACGAAAUGUUUGAAAUUCAAUGUGGAUGCUCCUAUCUGGCUGUCCAAGCAACGGAUCCUGUGCACACUCAACCAGAGCUUGAAGGAUGUACUCAACUAUGGCCUGUUUCAGCCAGCAUUCAAUGGCAAGGCUGGCAAGUUUCUGGAUGAGGAGAGACAGCUUAGAGAAUACCCCUUCCCAUCUUUUGCUCCUGUUCCUUACCUGGAGUUCCGCUACAAAAGACGUGUCUACACUCAGACCUACUUAGAUGAAAAGCAGUUGUCUAAGCUCCACACCAAGGCAAACCUGAAGAAGUUCAUGGAAUAUGUGCAACAGAGGAACAUUGAAAAGGUUUCAAGGUUCCUGGAAAAAGGCCUGGACCCUAACUUCCAUGAUCCAGACACUGGAGAAUGUCCACUUACGCUGGCAGCACAGUUGGAGGGAUGUGCAGAGCUCAUCAAAGUGCUAAAAAAUGGAGGUGCACAUCUGGACUUCAGAACAAAAGAUGGCAUUACAGCCUUGCACAAGGCUGUGCGCAGCAAGAACCACACAGCACUUAUAACACUGCUGGACUUGGGUGCAUCACCUGAUUAUAAGGAUAGUAGAGGGCUGACUCCUCUUUACCACAGUUCAAUGGUAGGAGGAGACCCCUACUGCUGUGAACUGCUGCUACAUGAUCAUGCACAGGUCGGCUGCGAGGAUGAGAAUGGUUGGCAAGAGAUACACCAGGCAUGCCGUUAUGGCCACGUGCAACAUUUGGAACACCUGCUGUUUUAUGGAGCUGACAUGAGUGCCCAGAAUGCAUCAGGAAACACUGCCCUGCAUGUGUGUGCUCUCUACAACCAGGAUAGCUGUGCACGAGUUCUUCUUUUCCGAGGAGCAAAUAAAGAGAUAAAGAACUACAAUAGUCAAACUGCUUUUCAGGUGGCUAUUAUAGCUGGUAACUUUGAUCUAGCAGAAAUCAUCAAGGUGCACAAAGCAUCAGAUGUUGUGCCUUUCAGGGAGACUCCCUCGUACACCAACCGUCGGCGAAUGACGAUUGGUCCCCUGCCCUCACCGCGCUCUUUGCUCCGCUCUGCGAGUGACAACAACCUGAACGGCGACCACGAUCACAUCCAUCCUCAGCCUCAACGAGAAGUCCGCGGCCGCCAGGGUCACUCCCCUGUUCCCUCGCUGCGCAGUCUCCCAGCUUUUGGGCAGCAGCACAGCAGCCUCGGAGAAAUCCCUGACAGCAGUCUCCAGAGUACUGGCAGCUCCAGAUCCUCCCAUUCCCGCUCACCUUCACUUCAUCACCUUCAUGAAGAGGACAAGCCUGUCCCCAGACGAUCUCACAGCCAUGGCUACCCCCAUGGACAUGGUCCACGUGGAAGACUAAGCCCUGGCUCAGUGCAGCGGGACCCAAGCCCACCUCAUCACACCCCUCCAGCACUGAUAGGUCCCCGUAGGCCCAAACGGAAACUCUACAGCGCUGUCCCAGGACGUACCUUUAUUGUGGUCAAGCCCUACACCCCGCAGGGGGAGGGAGAGAUCCAGCUCAAUCGUGGGGAACGGGUCAAAGUGCUAAGUAUAGGUGAAGGAGGUUUCUGGGAAGGCACGGUCAAAGGGAGGACGGGCUGGUUCCCUGCAGACUGCGUGGAAGAAGUUCAGAUGAGACAGUUUGACCCAAGGCUUGAGACUCGGGAGGACCGCAAUAAGAGACUGUUCAGACACUACACUGUGGGAUCUUACGACAACUUCACCUCAUACAGCGACUACAUCGUAGAGGAGAAGAAUGCUGUUUUACAAAAGAAAGACAAUGAGGGGUUUGGUUUUGUCCUGCGGGGAGCCAAAGCUGAGACCCCCAUUGAAGAGUUUACCCCCACCCCAGCGUUCCCUGCCCUGCAGUAUUUGGAGUCUGUGGACGUAGAGGGCGUGGCCUGGAGGGCUGGUCUCAGGACAGGGGACUUCCUCAUUGAGGUAAACGGCGUGAAUGUAGUGAAGGUGGGCCAUAAACAGGUGGUGUCGUUAAUACGGCAGGGGGGCAGCAGACUCCUGAUGAAAGUUGUUUCUGUCACACGCAAACCUGAAUCUGAAGAAGUUGUUCGGAAAAAAGCUCCACCACCACCUAAGAGAGCUCCCAGCACCACCCUGACACUGCGAUCUAAAUCCAUGACUGCUGAGCUGGAGGAGCUGGCUACUGCUCGGAGGAGAAGAGGAGAGAGGCUUGAUGAGAUGUUGGCAUCACAAGAAUCUAUGUUGCAUUCUCAACCCCCGGAGGCAGAUUACAGAGCAGCCACUGUCAAACAACGGCCUACCAGUAGGAGAAUAACACCAGCAGAGAUCAGUUCACUGUUUGAGAGGCAAGGGAUGACGCUACAUGGAGGUCUGCACCCAGGGAUUGAGAGAGGUCAUAUACCACUUUCUAAAGGCAUGUCCAGGACCAAGUCUUUUGGAGCCACAGAGGAGGAUCGAUUGUCUGCUCUUACAGGCGAGCAUAGAUUUCCUCGCAGCUCCUCUAUGACAGACAGCCUUCGAGACCACUCACAACCCCAUCCUAUACCUCCUCCUCCACAAACAGCACCUCCUCCACCUCCUUACUACCUAGACACUGGUCCUCCCCCAGCUUUCUGCCCUCCCCCUCCUCCAUCUAGAACCCAGAGUCAGGGCCAUGAGCCUGGAGGACGAUCCAGCUUCAAGCCAUCCUCCUUGGACCUGCCUUACGAGGCUGCACAGCGACAGGCCACCCACCUGGAGAGACAGAAGAAAGCUCGCUCGAUGAUUCUCUUACAUGACUCUUCUCAUCUACCUGUAGAACCCACAGAAAUUCCCCGUCCCUCUGCUGCUACUCCACCAGAGCGAAUCAAGAGAAAGGGUAGAGUUAUUGACAACCCUUACGCAAAUGUGGGUCAAUUUAGCAUUGGACUGUACACACCCACAAAACCACAAAGGAAGAAAAGUCCCCUGGUGAAACAGCUGCAGGUAGAAGAUGCACAAGAAAAAGCUAGUUUGGCCUUAGCUGCUGCUCACUCGCGAGAGAGCUCACCCUCAGGACGACACCCACAUACCCAUGGACACACUCACACCAGUCGUGUAGACUACUACCAGCAGCAGCUUAUUGCUGAGCGAGAACGUUUGCGUGCCCAAGGAGAGAUCUUGUUUCAGGGUAAAGGCCCCUUUGCUGCUGCAAUUGCUGGAGCAGUGAAGGAUCGCGAGCGUCGUCUAGAAGAACGAAGAAAAUCUACUGUCUUCCUUUCUGUUGGGACCAUGGAGGGGUCAUCUCCAUCAAGCCCAGAUUCCCCCUCUUUGACUCAGUCUCACUCUGUUGAUGAACGGAUGCUAACCCGUGAGCUGGGACAGCUUCCUCCCCCUGCCUUGACUUUGAGCCCCUCACCUAGUGGGACCACCUUUAUCCAUCCUCUUACAGGAAAGCCUCUGGACCCAAAUUCACCACUGGCUCUUGCGCUGGCCGCAAGGGAGAGAGCACUGACCUCUCAGAGUCAGUCCCCAACUACCAGCCCAGAGCCUCGAACUAAACAUGAGCGAAUAGGCCAGGGUGUAAUGUUUGCUGACACUCAGACCAAAGAGUCUCCACAUGGGGAUGGGGUAACAUCAUCUCCCCCUUUUUCACCUAAGAACGCCAAGGCAGCAGGGUAUGAAGCUAGAUCCUCUCCAGCAUCUAUUUUAGCACCUCAAUCCACUAAACCACAAUGGGCUACAUCAUCUUCACCUAUAUCAUUCCGCCAAGAGAUGGAAGCUAGAAUAGAGGAGAGGAAGGAGGAAAAAAGACUAGAGGAUAAAAAAAGUAUGUUGAUCAGCAUUAUGGAUACAUCACAGCAGAAGACAGCAGGGCUGAUCAUGGUCCAUGCAACCAGUAAUGGUCAGGCUGUUGGAGCGGGUUCAGAUCCUGAACAAACACCUGUGCCUGCAUCUAUAGAGCCCAUCAAAACGCAGAGUCCACGGGCUAAAUCACCUGUUCCCAUUGUGGCCCAGCCACAGACACAGCUACACGUACUGCCUCAUGCUCAGCGUCCUGCCAGUCCGGCCCAAGAAAAGAGUCUGGCUCAGGGAAGCUCAGAGGAGGAUGUGGACCAGUUCGCAGUUGCUCUGCCAGCUGCUAUGCUGUCCUCCAGUGACGAGGAAACAAGAGAAGAGCUACGAAAGAUCGGAGUUGUUCCUCCACCAGAUGAGUUUGCAAAUGGGUUGUUAGCACAGGGUCAGAGGACAUUAGUGUCUUCUGCUGUACCCGCCCCCUCUCCCAUCACACCAACAACAUCAGCCCCGCAAACUUCUUCAACCCGAACAACCUCAAUGGUGACUACCACCCAGCUUCAGCCUCCCCAGCCACCACCCCCACCACAACCUCCAACCAGUGCAGCAACUGUCUCAGGGAAGCCCUCUGAACCUCUGGAGCCCCCACCAGUGGGCGAGUCUGGCUCUGCAGCUGAUUCGGGAGUGGAGGAGGCUGAUACACGCAGCUCCAGUGAGAGAGAGCGAGACUACCAUCUCGAGACCACCAGCACUGUCUCUACUGUCUCCAGCAUGUCCACAUUGUCCUCAGAAAGCGGCGAACCUGCUGACACGCAUACCACACACACCUCCUAUGCUGAUGGGCAGACUUUUGUGCUUGAUAAGCCACCAGUGCCUCCUAAGCCUCGACUUAAGUCCCAGAUAGGAGGCAGUAAAGGCCCCGUCACCUUCAGGGACCCUUUGCUGAAGCAGAGCUCUGACAGUGAGCUGCUGUCACAGCAACAAGCUGCUGCCCUGGCUGCCGCUGCGGCUGGAGGAGCUGGGCUCCCUGCAGGUGGUUCUGCUUCAGUGACUGGUCUAGCCCCAUCCAAGCCACGCUAUCUCUUCCAGCGGAGGUCCAAGUUGUGGGGGGACCUAGUAGAACCCCGAGGACCAGGGAUAGGCUUAGGCAUUGGGAGUUUAGGUAAUCUUGGUGGGCUGGGACUUGGAUUGGGUGCAGAUGAGGGUGCAAAACCAUCUGUUAUGGGAGAGCUCAGUUCACGACUACAGCAGCUAAGUAAAGACACCAGGUCACUGGGUGAAGAACCCCUGGGAGCAUCACUUGACCCAGGAAGAAAGUCACCUGUGGCAGGUGCCAGACUUUUCAGCAGCCUAGGUGAGCUCCACACCCUUUCUCAGAGAAGCUAUGGAACCACAUACACCAUUCGCCCUGGCAGCCGUUACCCCGUCACCCGACGCACCCCUAGCCCAGGCUCGCCUGAUCGGGGUGACCCCCUUGGACGCUUCUCAGGCUUCAGCCUGUCAACUUCACCAACUACACCGCCACAAACCAUCCUCAAGUCCUCUAGCCUCAGUUUACCGCAGGAGCCCAAAGAGGUGCGUUUUGUUAUGAGGAGCUCCAGUGCCCGGUCCCGCUCUCGUUCUCCGUCACCUUCCCAUUCCCCGGGGUUAGGCUCACCACUUUUAGCCCUGCGGCCAUUCCACCAAAAACCCCUCCACCUUUGGAAUAAGUAUGACGUUGGAGACUGGCUGGAGAGCAUCAAUCUGGGGGAGCACAGAGCAGGCUUUCAGGAACACGAAAUUGAAGGCUCUCACCUCCCGGCUCUUACCAAGGAAGACUUUGCAGAGUUGGGCGUGACAAGAGUCGGACACCGCAUGAACAUUGAACGAGCACUAAAACUGCUGCUAGAGAGCUGACCCCUGCCCUGAGACGGAGCAGCAGAUGGAGAGAGAUGAAGAUGAGUAAGAAGGAGAGUUGAGAAUGUUCCUUUGUUUCUACUUUGGCUGCUUUUAUGUUUAGUAUUGCGGUCCGUAGUGAGACUUUACAUUUCUGUUCUGCAUUACCACCCUGCACCUGGCACUGCACUGAAGAGGAGACGGCAAUACACUUACAAAGUACAUUCAUCCUCCUCUGCUUGGUCU